CGAAGAGCUACCCGUGUUUGAAUGAGUAUGAAAAAAAUCAGGAAUACGGCAACAUGUUAAAAGUUCGCAUGAGAAUGAGGCCUUCAUCAAGGGCAAGGAGCCACCAUCAGGGGCACUGCACUGUAUUUCCGACUGGUUAUCGCUGUAAAUUUGCCUCUCUCCUCAUCUUGUGUACCAUAUUAACCUACUAUCUGUACCCGGAGUGGUCAUGGGGGUCGCCUGUCCACCACAAAGGUGAAAAUGAAACUGUGGUCUUAGUAUGGCACUGGCCCUUUCACAUACCAGUCGAACCAAACCCAGGUGUCUGCAGCCACUUCGGCAUACACAACUGCCUUCUUGUGGACGACCGGUCUUGGUUCUCCUACGCAGACUUUGUGGUGUUCCACAACCGGGAGCUGGUUAUAGGUGAAGAGAGGCUGCCCAGACGCAGGCGACCCAGAAAUCAGCGGUGGGUAUGGCUAACCCUGGAGAGCCCGGACAACAAUGGCAACCUGUGGCCCUUUGCAGGCUACUUUAACGCCAUCAUGUCCUACAGCCGCAAUGCAGAUUUCUAUUUGCCAUACGGAAGGCUGGUGCCAAGGGACAAGGCAACAGCGCUGGCAGUUGAUGAUUUUGUACCAAAGAACAAAUCAUCCUUGGCUUGUUGGGUGGUCAGCAACUACAGAGAGGAACAUAGGAGGACAUCUGUAUAUAGACAGCUUGCGGCUGUACUCCCAGUGGAGGUAUAUGGAAGUGCCUCAGGCAGGCUCCUGUCUUCAGACGACCUGCUGCCCACAAUGUCUCGUUGCUACUUCUACCUGUCUUUUGAGAACUCCAUGCACAAGGAUUAUAUUACUGAGAAGUUCUGGAAAAAUGCCCUGCUUGGCCAGGCUGUGCCGGUGGUGCUGGGACCACGCAGGGAGGAAUAUGAAGCAGUUGUGCCCAAGGACUCCUUCAUCCACGUGGAUGACUUUGAUUCUGUGGAGAAGCUAGGCGAGUUCCUCAUAGAACUGUCUAAAGACGAACAACGGUAUGCCUCAUACUAUGCCUGGCACUUGAACUAUACCGUAGACAUCUUUGAUGACUGGCAGGAAGAGUUUUGUAAAAUUUGUCCACAGGCUAGUAGCCUCCCUCAAAAAGUGUACGCAAAUUUGGACUUGUGGGAAAUUAGUUAGAAACAAGAAAAAGCUUUAAGUUCCUGCACAGUAUUUCUAGGCUAACUGGUCUUCAUUGAAUUGAGAGGCACAGUAAAACAUUGUAUUUCCUCUUUCCUGUUUGUUUGUAAGGAUAUACAAGUGAACCACUGAACCAUAUCUACUUCAUCUGUGCAUGAGUCAUUGGCAUUUAUUUCACUUUUGUGUGAAGUACAUUAGUAAAUUGUACAAAAUGAUUCAUACGUGGACUUUGUAUUUUUGUAUAUAAAAAAAAAACAGUAACAAUUUAAUCCAAGUUAUACCACCUGACUACUAAAAUAUCUCUGAUCCCUGCCCUGUGUGAUAUUGCCCUUAGUAUUUUGUCUUGUCCACAACCUUAGAUGCCAGAGACUUCUUUACCUCAUGUCGUAGAAUAUUGAAGCCUGCAGUUUGACUUGUUCAGCAAGAAAUGUUUCUUUAGGCUACAGGUGAAAAGAAAGAAUGAAAAUAUAGAUAAGGCAUAGAUAAGGUUCUUAAAGGUUGUGAUUGUGUGUUAAAGGUGUGGUGUGAUUAUUGAUAUGGUUGGCAAGGUAGGCUGGUGUACUAGUGCAUUACUAAUGUACUAAUCAUUUCUGCUGCUUUAAAGGAACAGACCACCCUUUUUUGAUUUUCACAUAUUUGCAGUAUUUCUAGCAAUAGACUAUUAGGAAUGUGUGUAUCAUUUCGUCUAGUGUUUGCAUUGCCUCUUUAACAGUAUAGCUAUAGCCAAAUUGAGCAUAGCAAUGCAAGUCUAUGGUACAAAAUAAAACAUAAUUCUGAUCCAAUAAUUCUAUUUACUGAAAACACUGAGAGGGAAAUGAUAUGCACAUUCAUGAAUAAUGCAAUAUGUGAAAAUAAAAAAGAUGUGUUCCUUAUAGGAGCACUCCUGCCAAUUUCAAUGUGCUGUUGUAUUGCUCACGCUACCCUUGACUUGUGAGUACCCGGUGACGCCACAUUUUUUGGCU